UAUUGUGUACUUUGUGCACGAUACAUUCUUUCAUAAUUUACGGGAUUUUGAUCCUACUUAUCUUGAAGCUAGAAUUGAGAAAGCUAAUGGACCAAUAGUUUCUGAGCAGGACCUUAAUAAUGCUCAAGAUUUAAACCAUCGUGACCAACUUUUCAAACCAAAAGCAAGCCAAAUACAAAUCCCUUCCACUGUCUCUGAUCGUAGACGAGGAUAUAUAA